AUGACAAUAUGUCAACCAAUUCCAUGUGGUGGAUCCUAUUUUUGGAAUAUAGUUGAACCAUAUAAAAAUGAUGAAUAUGUAUUUGUAAUGCAAAGUUAUAAUGGACCAUUUAGGUGGAAAUCAGAAGAAUAUAGAAUCGUUUUAAUGUGUGGUCCAAAUUCAAAUGGCUACAUUAUAGCCACAUCAACUUUAUUUAGUGAAAUCUUUUCAAAUUGGGAGAUUAUCACAACAAUUUAUAAAGAAAAGAUUGAAAAAACAGGUCUUAGUCAUUUCUCUGACACUUUUUUAAUACAACUAUAUAAGAAAUUAGCUAAAAAAUUAUCACAAGUUAAUUCUCCAAUCUUUACAGAAGAGGAACAAAAUAUUCAACCACCACCACAACCACAACUACCACCUCAACAACCACCACCACCACCUCAAAUACAAGAAUCACAACCAAUCCAAGAACAAAUUGAACAAAUUAUAUUACCAACGACAUUAGAAUUUCCAAAAAGUAGAGAUAAUGAAGAAAUUAAAAUUAUUAAAAAAAGAAAAAUCGUGGCAUUAUUUAAAACAUUAUAUAGAGUUGAUGCAAUGACAAUUAUUGAAAGGGAUUAUAGUUCAUCAAGUCAAUGGAUAGAAUGGGUUGAUGAGUCUACAGGAAUGAGACCAAUUCAUGUCGCUGUCGAAAGAAUGAAUGUUCAAUUGGUUAAAUAUUUAAUUGAACGUAAAGCAGAUGUAAAUAUAAAAGAUAAUCAAGGUUGGUCACCAUUACAUUUCUCAUCAUUUGCUGGUAGUUUAGAUAUUUGUCAAAUUCUAUUAGAUCAAGGUAAUGCUGCUGUUUUAACAAUUUCAAAAGAUGGUACAUUACCAUUACAUUAUUUAAUUAGACAUUGUUAUUCAAUAAAUGUACCAUCUUCAUCAUCAAAUAGUAAUAAUAAUAAAGAUAAUAAUAAUAAUAAUUAUAAAGAUAAUAAUAAGUUUAAUAGUAAUUUAUCAAUUAAUUAUAAUAAUGGUGGAGAUUGUAAUAAUUUAACAUUAAAACAAAAACAGGAAAGUAAUAAUAAAUUAUUUUCAAUUUUAUCAUUAUUACUUAGUAAAGGUACACCAAUAAAUGCAAAAACUAUACGUGGUGAAACUGCAUUACAUCGUGCAUGUUAUUAUGGUUCAGCACAGUCUGUUAAAUUUUUACAUCAAAAUGGUGCAGAUGUAAAUGUUCAAAAUUCACGUGGUGAAACACCACUUUAUUUCGCAGUUGUAAGUCGUCAACGUGAGAUUGUAAAACUUUUAAUCGAAUAUGGUAGUGAUGUUAAUAUUGGUGGUGAACGUUCUGCUUUAAAAGCUGCUGAUAAAACAAACCAAAAUGAAAUUUAUUAUUUUUUAGCUGGUUUUUCUGAUGAAAAAUCUGUAUCUGAUUCAAAAAGAGAUUAUUAUAAUAAUAAUGAUGAAAAUGAUAGCAAUAAUAAUAAUAAUAAUUAUAAUGAUGAAAAUGAUAAUAUUCAUAGACAUAAUCAAAAUAAUCAAGGUAAUAAUCAAAAUCAUUCAAUGGAUUGUUGUUCAAAGAUUGAAAAUGGUCAAGAAUGUAGUUGUGGUGAUUUAAGUAAUACAGCACAUCCAUUCUAUCCACAUGUUUUCGUUUUCAUUGAUUUUCCUGCUGGUACAACUCAUUGCUCCUAUUGUAAAUACUUAUUAUGGGGUAUUAGAAAACAAGGUUUCCAAUGUGAAGUUUGCUCAUACAUUGUUCAUUCAAGAUGUAAAAGACAAGCAACAUUAACAAAUACUUGUGGUAUACCUGAUUCAAAAGAAACUAUUUCUUCUUCAGUUGUAAAUGAUUUCUUAACAAAAUCAAGAGACCAAAAUAUUAAUAAUAAUAAUGAGGAAGAAGGUGUAGAAGUAGUAGAAGAAGAUCAUCAUCAUAAUAACAUCAAUAAUAACAUCAAUAAUAAUAAUAAAAGAUCACCACAAAGAAAACAAACAAUAAGACAACCAUUACAUAAACAAAAUAUUAAUAGAAAAAGAUUAGAAAGUUUAUAUAAUCAUUUCAUAACAUUGGAUAAAGAAAAGAAAGGUUCAAUUUUAAAAAAAGAUUUUGAAAAAUGUUUAGGUCCAAUCAUUAAUAGCUCAGAAUCAUUAUCAAAUGCUUUAUUUUUAGGUUUUAAUCCAAAAAAACAUGAUAAAAUGAGUUAUGUUGAAUUUUUAACUGGUGUUUCUGUAUUACAAAAUUCAACUUUUGAUAAACAAAUUCAAUUUUCAUUUAAAAUGCUAGCAGGUGAAAAAGGUUAUAUUACAGUGGAAGAGUUUUUAUCAAUUUUAGAAUCAAUCUAUUCUUCAUUAACAAAUUUAACUAUUGUAACAUGUAAUCCACAAGCAUUUCUAAAAAGAUUAUUCCCUGAAUUUUCAUUUAGUUAUCAAAGAAAACAAAAACUAUUAUUACAACAACAACAACAAUUACAGCAGCAACAACAACAACAACAACAACAGCAGCAACAAAAAUCAUCAUGGUCCUCAACUUCACCUUCACCUUCAUCAACUACUAAUUCUCUUAGAAAUAGUUUAAGACUAUCAAGAGCUAUAGAUAAUAAUAAUAAUCAUAAUAAUCAUAACCAUAAUCAUAAUAAUAGUAAUAUUAACAAUGAAGAUGAUUUAAAUCUUGAUUCAGAUUCAGACUCUGAUUCAUUCCCAACACCAUCAACCUCUCCACUUUUAUUUAAAAUUGGUAUAAAAAAUAAACAACAACAACAACAACAACAACAACAACAACAACAGCAACAACAACAGCAACAACAACAACAACAACAACAACAACAACAACAACAAGAACAACAGCAACAACAACAACAAGAAAACCAACAAAUAAUAAAAGAUGAGAAUGAAACAGUAGAAAAUCAAUCACAAGAGAUAAAGCAAAAAGAAGAUGAAAAUCAAAAAGAAGUUGAAAAUCAAAAACAAGAUUUAAAAAAUCAAAAAGAAGAAAAAGAAGAAGAGGAAGAAAUAAAGGAACAAAGAAAAUUUGAAACCAAAAAUGAUAAUUUUGUUCAAGUUAAUACAAAGAAAUCAGUUAGAGGUAGUAUAUUUUUUGCACCAUUAGAUUCACAUGAAAAAAUUAAUAAUAUUUCAAGUAUUGGUAAUCAUAGAUCUUUAAUUAGAAAUAGUAGUAGUAGUGUAUUAGAUAAUAAUAGUAAUAAUAGUAAUAAUAAUAAUAAUAAUAAAAACAAUAAUGAAUCUACAGCAACACCAAAUACAACUAAUUCAACAACACCAAUUACAUCAGCAACAACAUCAACAUCAUCAUCUCCAUCAUCAUCAUAUAAAAGUCAAUCAUUACCAGAUUUACCAUCACAUAUACCAAAAACACCAACAAAAUCAUCAAUUAUAAAUAAUAAUAAUAAUACAUCAAAAACAAUAACAACUAAAUCAUCAUCAUCAUUUGAAAAUGGUUUAAAUAAUAGUGGAAUUGAUAAUAAUUAUAUUAGUAAAAAAGAAAAAAUUGAAAAUGAUAAAGUUUUUCAAUUAAAUGGUAGAAUUUAUUUUAAAGAAUUUAAACAAGCAUUAUCAGAUAAUUUAUAUUUUGUAAAGAGUUUAGGUUUAGUUAAUCAUUAUGAAAAUCCAUUGAUUAGAGAAACUGAGGGUAAUGAUGGUCUAUUGGUUAAUCAUUCAUCGAAUUGGGUAACAUCACAAGGUAAAGAUGUAUCAAUUGGUCAUAUAAAUUGGGAGUUAAUUCAAUAUAUUAUGAUUGGUAUUAGAAGGUCUGCAGGUGAAGCCAUCGUACUAACCAAUAGAGCAACAUUGAAGCCUAAAGAUUUUGAAAUGGUUGUUGAAUUCAAAUAUGAUGGUUGGACAUUCAAAGAUCAUUACCCAUUAGCAUUCAAAAAGAUUAGAGAAAGAUUAGAAAUUGAUCCAAAGAUGUUUAUGUUUUCCUUGGGUCCUGAAAGAGUGUUUGGUAAUUUACUAUUAGGCAAUCUUUCAGUGUUGAGUGAAAUGAACUCUAGUGGUAAAAGUGGCAGUGUUUUCUUUAGAUCGACAGAGGGUGAUUAUUUAAUUAAAACCAUUCCAACACAUGAAGAAUCAAUAUUGAAAGCGGUUUUACCAACUUAUGUACAGCAUUUACAAAAAUAUCCAAAUAGUUUAUUAAUAAAGAUAUUGGGUUGUUAUACACUUCAAAUAAAGGGUAAAGCAGAGAUGAAAUUCUUGGUCAUGAAUAACCUUUUCUUCACUCCAUUACCAUUGUCUGAGAAGUACGAUUUGAAAGGCUCUGUCAUCAAUAGAAAAGUUGACAAGAAUGAUUUACUCUUACCUGAUAUCGCUUUAAAAGAUCAAGAAUUUCAUAGAAUACUCGAUAUUGGCCCAGAGUUUAAAGCACCAUUAUUAGAACAAAUCGAACAUGAUACAAUGUUUUUAGAAUCUCAUAAUAUCUGUGAUUAUAGUUUAUUGGUUGGCAUUCAUACUAUAGAUGAAAAUUCACCAUUGGCUCUUUCGGAUGAUGAUGAUCCUGAUCUUUCAAAUGUGGGUGGUGUUAAAAGAGACACUUGGAAAGUAUUGGAAGAAGAAUUCUUUAAAAAAACUAGUGGUAAAAUCUCUUUAUUUCAAAAGAAUUUUGGUGGUAUCCUUUCAAAAAAUAAAAAAGAAGUUUAUUUCAUCGCUAUCAUCGAUACUUUUACCGCUUGGGAUUGGUGGAAAAAGUCUGAACGUGCCUUAAAAUUCUUGGGUAAUGAUUUAGAUAAAAUAUCUGCUGUUAAUCCAACUGAUUAUCGAAAAAGAUUUCAACAUUAUGUUUCAAAAAUUGUUCAAUAA